CUUGGUAUAUAUAGUGUGACAUAUCAGUUGGUAAGCAGACACACCGUCUCUGCUGAAGUGGGUGCACACAAACAAAAGGAUGCUGUGGUUACUUUUCUUUGUCGGCGUUGGAAUCACCACUGCAGAUGACAGCUCUGGCGGUUCCUAUCUCAUAACGUCCUCCAAGUAUCUGCAACGUGGGAUGCCCUUCAACGUCAGCGUCGACAUCCUCAACACCACCAACAACGUCCAUGUACAAGUGGAACUGCAACGCAUAUGGAACAACUACACCAACUCUUUUAGGAUCCCCGUAAUGAUGGCUAAAGGGGACUUUACUAAAGGAACUACUGGAACGAUAUCCCUGAAUGUGCCUAGGGACAUCACUGAUGGAAGUUAUGUUCUCCAUGUCCGGGGAAGCGGGGCUCUCCAGUUUGAACGAGAAAUAUCAAUCACACUCCGUUCCAAGUAUAUUUCUGUUAUGGUACAAACUGACAAGGCAAUGUACAAGCCUGGACAGAUGGUGCAUUUCCGAGCGUUUGGUGUGUACCCCAGUUUGCAAGUGUACACAGGGACUUUCGACAUAUCCCUUGUGGAUCCUAACAAUAACAUCCUGAAGGAGUGGACGGCUCUCCAUGACGCUUCUGGGGUUGUGGCUGGGGAGUUCCAGUUGGCAGAUCAGACUGUUCUGGGAGACUGGGCUCUACGAGUCUCACCAGCGGAGCAAGUAAGCGUAACCUCUAAAGCCUUUACAGUUGCCGAAUACCAACUGCCACGUUUUGAAGUAAAAAUUGAUCUGCCUUCCUUCGCCCUCACAUCCGAUACAAAGUUAUCUGGAACAGUGAAAGCAAAGUACACCUUCGGCAAGCCAGUGAAGGGUAUGGUGGAGUUACACACGCACAUGAACGUCGCUAACGACUACUGUGGAAAACCUGCCAAAUAUGUUGAACUUGCAUUUCCCAUUGACGGGGAAGCCAAAUUUGACAUUCCUAUCGCUGACAUCAAGCGUCUCCAGCGCAAUCUGAUUGAACAAACUGUCGUCGUUGUCGCCAUCGUGAAGGAGGAGUUGACGGGCGUGAAAUUGAACGGGUCGAGCUCCGUCAAGUACCACCAAUACCCCCACAAGAUUGAAGUCCUCAACUCAAGCCCCAAAACAUUCUCACCCAAACUUCCUUAUACGGCCUAUGUCAAGGUCUCCCAACAAGACGGCCGCCCUGUGACCGACCUCAGCAGCCCUGUGGGGGUGUACACCUGUGUCACAUACCGUAUUGUCCAAGAUGAUCAGUCCGAGUUCUCCUGCUCAUCCUUCAAUGGCAACUACGGCCUGCCUACCAAAAACUACACCAUCCCUGCCUCUGGCAUCAUCCCUGUGGACAUGCGUAUCCCCGAGAACACCACCAGUAUUGACGUCAAGGUUCACUAUAUGGAGAUAUCCGACACUCUCAGAGUACAGCGGAAGGACUCCCUCAGUGACAACUUCAUGCAACUCAAACUCACCAGCAAGGCACUCAGGGCGGGUCAGACGGCUACGUUUAGCAUCGAGUUGACAGAGGAUGUACCCUUCAUAACGUACGAGGUGUUAUCCCGGGGUACUGUUGACAUCACUGAUCAAGUUACUGUUGGCGGACAGAAUCCUGUCCACUUCAAUGUCCCCAUCUCUGCCAUAAUGGCCCCAACAGCUCACAUCAUCGCCUACUACGUCAAGGCAUCAGGGGAGGUUGUUGCUGACAGUCUUAGUUUCAGUGUUGAUGAUGUCUUUGACAACAAGGUGUCCAUUGCCUUCAGCAGGAACGACUCUAAGCCACAUGACAACAUUGAUGUGUUGGUCAGCGCUGAUCCCAUGUCAUCUGUCAAUCUCCUUGCUGUUGACCAAAGUGUUCUUCUUCUCAAGUCCGGCAAUGACAUCACCACAGAUAAGGUUCUGGAUGAACUGAAGACAUACAGCUCUGGACAAACCGAUGGAGAAUUCUCACCGGAAGUAUAUGCCAUUUCUAGUAGCGCUACACGCUCAGCUGACGUCUUCUCGGACGCAGGACUUAACGUAAUCACUGAUGCCAAAUACUACCAUUACUACCAUAAGGACAUCAACUUUUUCCCAACUACUUCACCAGGAUAUGCAUUUGGAGGGAUGCCACAUGCCAUCAUAGCAGGAUCGGUAUCAGGUCAGAAGGUCAAAGAGGUGGAGAGGGUCAGACAGGAAUUCCCUGAGACCUGGCUAUGGAUCAAUAAGACUGUUGGAUCUGAUGGUAAAGCCAACAUCAGUACUACCGUGCCUGACACUAUCACCUCCUGGAUCGCCAGCGCCUUUGCUGUCAACUCUGCCACAGGACUUGGUGUAGCCCCAACAACCACAAAGCUGCGUGUCUUCAGUCCCUUCUUCGUGAGCCUUUCCAUGCCUGCCUCCGUUUUGCGUGGAGAACAGGUCGUUAUUCAAGCCAGUAUCUUCAACUACCUGCCCAGUGACGUGGACGUUGUGGUGUCGUUGCCAACAUCAUCGGACUAUGUCAACGUGGCUGUUGACAGUACCGGUAAAACCACCAAGGAAUCAAAGGACCAGACAGAGUAUGUCACAGUGAAAUCCAACGAGCCCCAGACUGUGUACUUCCCCAUCAUUCCAUCAUCUCUGGGAGCUAUCGACAUCGAGGUGUCAGCACGAACAACACUAGCUGCUGAUGCUGUCAGGAGACAACUCAAUGUCCAGGCAGAAGGCAUCCCCAAAGAAUACAACACACCUGUCUUCAUUGAUCUGACAUCAGGUGGUGCUGACUUCAACCAAAAGGUGGCACUGUCACUACCAUCAGAGACUGUGACUGGAUCAGAGAAAGUCAGGGUCAAAGUGACAGGUGACCUGAUCGGUACCAGUCUCGACAACCUGGAGAACCUUCUGGCUCUACCAACCGGAUGUGGUGAACAGAACAUGAUGACCUUUGCCCCGGAUGUAUAUGUUGCUGAUUACCUUUACACAACCAAACAAAUGACACCCGCACUGGAGUCGAAGAUCAUGAGCUAUCUGGAGCUAGGCUACCAGAGAGAGCUGUCCUAUCAGAGAAACGAUUGGUCCUUCAGUCCCUUCGGAAACAGAGAUGAGGCAGGACACAUGUGGCUGACGGCAUUUGUAGCACGCAGCUUCCAUCAAGCCAGGCCAUACAUUUUUGUGGGCAAUCAGACUUUGGGAAGGUCUCUGGGCUGGAUGGCACAGAGGCAGAAUUUGGAUGGAUCCUUCAAUGAGCCAGGGCUUGUGUUUGACAGACAGAUGCAGAGCUCCAAAGCCUCUCUGACAUCCAUGGUGCUACUGGCCUUCUUGGAGAAUCAGGACAUGGGCGGAUAUGGCAUCGGACAGUACACGUUAGGAAAUGCCACCAUGAAUGCCACGAAUUACCUGGAGUCAGUGGCUCCCUCCAUCACGGACCCCUUCACUCUCGCCAUUGUCAGCUACGCCUUGUCAGAGGCAGGGAGUUCGGUAGCAGAUGUCACAUUUAAUAAACUCAAUGCAGCAGCAGUGGUUCAAGGUACUCUGAAACACUGGACGGAACCAACAACAACCUCCUCAUCUUACUACACGAACUGGAUUCCUCCACAUACACGCGCCCAGCCAAUCGACAUUCAGACAACAGCGUAUGGCCUUCUCGCAUCUUCUGCUCGUGGUGACCUCAAAGGGGGUCUUCCUAUAACUAACUGGCUGACCUCACAGAGGAACCCGUAUGGUGGUUUCUCUUCAACACAGGACACCAUGGUGGCACUGCACGCCCUCACUGACUAUGCCCGUCGUGCACACACUUCCGGUUUCCAUGUUGAGGUUGACAUCAAGAGCGGAAGUGACAACCAGCACAUGUCUGUGACUGACAACAACGCCCUCGUACUGCAAUCAAGAGAAUUGACGAGGUUCCCUAAGGAGGUGUCCAUCACGGCAACUGGGAAAGGUGUCGCAUAUGCAGAGGUUGAUGUGUUCUUCAACGUUGAGGCUGAGAUUGGCGACCCAUCCUUUGACAUAAACACGGUGCUGCUUGAUGACACCAUCAACAAUUUUAGACUGAUGACCUGCACCAAAUGGCUGAAGGAUGGAUCCAGUGGAAUGACCGUGAUGGAGAUAUCUAUCCCAUCAGGCUUUGAUCCGGAUAUGACGUCAGUCGGGAACGUUGCUGGUCUGAAGAGAUUGGAAAGACGUGGUAGAAAUGUUGUUGUCUACUUUGAUGAGAUCGGCACAACUUCCAUCUGCUUUGACAUCCUGUCCACCAGAACUGGCAUGGUGACUAACAACCAGCCCAGCUACGUUACUGUCUACGAUUACUAUCAGCCGAGUAACCAAGGUGCCACUUUCUACGAGACUCGCAGUCUCAAACAAGCCACAAUUUGUGAUGUGUGUGACAAAUGCUGCACCUAGAUAUGAAGACAUACUGGACAAUGGAAAAGACAGCCAAUGCAAUUGUUGCAUAAUAUGUGAAUAAAUAAUGCAAACGUCA